AUGACCACAUCCGCCUCCUCCCCCGCCACGGCCCCCUCCCACGUCCCGGACCUCCAUAUUAACACGACCGGGGCCUCCUCGAUCACGUCGCUCUCCUCGCACCACCACCACCCCUAUCCCACCCCCACUGCGCGCUCCCCGCACUCGACGAGCGGAUCUCCUCGCAGCAGCGGCGGAGGCACAGGUAGCAGCGGCGGGAGCGGGAGUACGAAUCAGGCGUGCGCGGCGUGCAAGUACCAGCGGCGCAAGUGCAACCCCGAUUGCCCGCUCGCGCCGUACUUCCCAGCUGACCAGCAGCGCCGCUUCCUCAACGCGCACCGCCUCUUCGGGGUCAGCAAUAUCCUCAAGACGCUCCGCAGGCUCAGGCCGGAGCUCUGCCCUGAAGCCAUGGGCACGCUCAUCUACCAGGCCGAGAUGCGCGCGCAGGACCCCGUCGGCGGCUGCUACCGCUUUAUCCUCAGCCUCGAGCGCCAGCUCGAAAUCGAGACGGCCGAGCUCUCCGCCGUCCUCCACCACCUCGCGCUCUACCGCCAAGCAGCCGACGCCACUGCGAUCCAGCCUCCGCCAGGCGGCAUGGCCAACCUCGACGUCACGUCCUCCAACCAGCCACUCCUCCUCAACGCCGAGCAGGAGGUCGUCGAUGCACUCUACACGAACCACGAAGCCGACGCGGCGGCGAUCCUUCAGCCCGACCAUCGACCACACGAUCAAGGUCACAGCCCGCAAGAUCAGCAGCACCAGCAACAACUCUUUGAUUACUUCUACUACGACGCCACAGCUAGCGACGACGCAAGCAGCAAGCCUACCACCGACAUUAACCUCGAGGGCAUGCAACAAUUCGACUUUGACGCCGCCGAUCAGAAGGUUGAUCUAGCGCCGCCGGCGGUACAAGAGGGGCAAGGGCUUGCGCAGCAGAUCGACGUGAAUUGCCAGAUUGACCAGAAGGAUUACGAGAUCAAGGCGGCGACGCUCGUCGACGUGUUCAACAUGCAGCAGGAGCUGCAGGAGGUGGACGUGAACGCCAACAUCGGCGUCAAUGCGGUGGAUGUGAACCCUGGCGUUGCCGUCAAGCAUGAGCUGCAGGAUGAGGGUGCCAGGAAUAACAUCUCCGCAGGUGAAGCUGCACAAAAGGCAGCUGAGUCGUCGCAGUGCAAACUAGGGUUAGGCUUUUCUUCGUUCUAA